UUUUACUGUGGAACCCUGAAUAAGUAGAUCGCUCAUUUAACUGCAACAAUGGCCAGAUCACAUCUCCGUCAGUUAUCCUCAUAAUGUCGGAUGAUUGUCAUGUUCAGUUCAAACCGCCUCUUAAUUUACUUUUAUGCUUCAAUCAGCUUCAGUUAGUUAACUCGAUGGCCCAACAAUUUCAAAGAAAAAGUGUUAGUUGUUGUUAAAGGUUGUCUGGAAGAAAUCGCUCUUAGCGAUAAGACCGCAACAGUGUUAGAUUAUUUUUUUGUAAUUGUGUCCGUGUUUUGUAUACAAAUAAAGAAUAAAUCUUAUCCGAUCUGUUAGGUAACUAAUACAGUGAGCCCAGUGUGAAAUAAACCGAUGAGACAAUGUUGGAAUUAAUGGCCAACGAUUCCGUGCCAGCGUCAAAUGCGACGAGGGAAAUAGGACAUGUGAUGCUGUACAGGUCCCUGGCAUAUGCUCUGGGGUCCGUCAUUGUUCUGAGCAACCUGACUGUGGUCGUGUCCAGUGGACUUAUUUUGAGGAAAGGUCAACAACCGAAAAGCACGUAUUUGCUUUUAGGAAACGUCUCGUUAGCCGAUACCUUCAUCGGCGUGUCCCUGAUAUUCCGCACCACGGUGCAUCGCAUUGUCACUUCUGACGCCAUGUGUGUAUUGCAAAUUGGGAUGAUCGUGACUCCAACGAUGGUGUCCAUAUUCAGUGUGGGUCUGAUCGCCAUCGACCGGUACAUUUACAUCAUCCAUGGAUUGUACUAUCAGCAGUGGAUUAGCACAACCAGAGUCAGAAUUGGCAUUCUCAUUAUUUGGCUUGUUGGUCUGACACUAGGCUUCUUGCCGGCAACGGGAUGGGUCAACCAAGAACUGAAGGGUACCCGUUGUGCCUACAUAUCCGUGUUUCCAGCCGGCCUGAUCGUAAUAAAUGCCACUCUCAGUGUCAUACCAAUUGCUGUUGUCGCCGUUUUAUACGUGAAAAUACUUAUCCUUGCACUAAAAAACCUUAGGAAUAUUAACAAUGCCAAGAAACAAGCACACGAAUCUAAAGACGGAUUGAGGAUCUAUCGGGGUAACUUCAAUGGCAAUGUGAAAGGUCCAGACAAACCUGGUGUAAGAAUCUUCAGAAGUAGUUCCAUGUCAGAUGUUGACAAAAAUAAAAAAGAUGAAAACAACCUGAUGGUUCCGAAUAAUGUGAAAUCUAAAAGUAUCAACGAUCUCAAUUCCAGUGAAGAUAAAAGAGUGACUGGUGAUGAUGUGGAUAGUAAACUAAAGAACGAUGAUUCGAAGCUUAGUAUUCUGACAAUUCAGACUGAUUUUAAUAAGGGUUCAAGUAAAAAUGUGUCGACUGUCUCUCUAGCCCGAUCUCCAAAUGAAACAAAAUUAAAUAAUCCUGUCGAAUUGAAGACCAAAGAUAUACGUAGACUUAGGGCAGUUGUUGUCGUGAUGCUCACAUCAGGUAGCGUUAUAGUGACAUGGCUACCAUAUUUUAUAUUUGUGUGCUUUUAUGCGUUUUGUACAGACAAAGUUUUGAACCCAAAAUGUAUUAGCCUUAACGAUUUAUUGAGGGGCCCUUUAGCAAUGUUGGCGUUCUUGAAUAGUAUUUUAAACCCUUUAAUUUACGCAUGGUGGCAUAGAGGGUUCCAAUCUGCAGUGAAAUUGUAUUUUAAAAAGCACUGCUGCAAGCAAAGAUGA